AUGUCCGAAUCAUCUUCAGAGGAACACGACGCGUCUGUGUUGGGGAAACGGGCGCGAAACAAUGGCAAUGACGACAAUGCAGCUGAAGAUUCGGAACCAGCCAAUAAAAAAGUGACAGUGGAUGACGAUUCCGACGACGACGAUGUCGGUCCCAUGCCCCUCUCUGCCGCUGAGGCAGGUAGUGCCAACAAGAAAAAGAGAAAGGUUCUUCCACAUGAACGACUCUACUUAAACCACUUGCCUGACGCGAAUCAAUACUACAAAUCCUUUAUGCACCGCGACGUGGCCAAUUUCUGCGUAGUGACAAAAACCGAGUUUCUCAUCACAACUUCUAUCGACGGUGUGGUCAAAAUAUGGAAGAAACAAGAACACGGCAUCGAGUUUGUGAAGGUCUACCGCGCACAUCUUGUGCCAGUGACUGCUGUAUCCGCAAGCGCCGAUGGCCAGCUUUUUGCAACAGUGUCGGAAGAUAUGACUGCCAAACUGUUCGAUGUAGUUAACUUCGACAUGAUCAACAUCAUAAAACUUGGCUUCAAGCCCCAGUCAUGCUGCUGGGUGCAUAGAAGAGGGCAGGCGCAAGGUUUACUUGCAGUUGCAGAUGCCACGUCCGGUGUUAUCCGCCUGUACGACGGACGUGGAGGCGACACACCCUUGGAGACAGUUCAAUCGAUACAUCGAUUUCCUGUACAUGUUAUGACAUACAGUGAUAGAUAUGACACUGUGAUAUCAGCAGAUGAAGGGGGAUUCAUUGAAUAUUGGCAGCCCACCGAACCUUAUGCUCUGCCCAAAAACGUUAAAAAAUUAUGGCAAUACAAGAGCGAAACUGAUCUAUAUGAAUUCAAGAAGAGUCGUUCCACACCAACAUGCAUAACACUCUCACCCGACUCAUCCUCCUUUGUCACUUUUUCUCUACCUGACCGGCAAAUACGAGUAUUCAACUUCUUUAGUGGAAGGAUGUCGCGGAAAUAUGACGAAUCACUGGAGGCUAUCCAAGAGAUGCAGCAAGCUGGGACAGCGGUGUAUCGUGUCGAGGACAUGGAGUUUGGAAGGAGAUUGGCGGUAGAAAGAGAGCUGGAGCUGCCGGGCCCUGAUGGUUAUAUCCCUGGACGUUGGAGCAACGCAGUCUGGGACGAGAGCGGUGCAAUGAUCGUCUAUCCCUCUUUGCUGGGCAUCAAAGUUGUGAACACCUUCACAAAUCGGGUGGUUAGGUUGCUCGGGAAAGACGAAGCUGUGCGAUUUUUGAAUCUUACAUUAUACCAGGGAGCACCGGCUAAAAAGUCAAUAACCACCAUGGCCAUGGCCGCAUCAGCCAAUCCCAUUCUGGCGGAUAAAGGACAACGAGAUCCAACACUUUUCUGCACUGGCUACAAAAGAUCACGCUUUUACCUCUUCACGCGUUCAGAACCUGAGGACAACAAAUCCGGUGAGCGUGACGUUUUCAACGAACGCCCGACGCGCGAAGAGCAAACUGUUGCUGCCGCUAGCGUCGCCCAACGCACCGGACCAUCCCCUCUCGCAAAUUCUGCCACAAUUCAUACCACAGUCGGCGAUAUUCACAUGCGGCUGUUCCCCCAGCAAGCUCCCAAAGCAGUGGAAAACUUUGUCGGCCAUGCUCGUAGCGGCUACUUUGAAGGUGUCAUCUUCCAUCGUGUCAUUCCCAAGUUUAUGAUCCAGACGGGAGACCCGCUCGGAGAUGGUACAGGUGGAACGUCGAUUUGGAAUAAAGAGUUCGAGGAUGAGUUCGCAGAUGAUUUGAAACAUGAUCGCCCUUACACGGUGAGCAUGGCGAAUGCUGGCCCAAAUACCAACGGUUCGCAGUUCUUCAUUACGACCAAUGCAACGCCAUGGCUGGACAAGAAGCAUACAAUCUUUGGUCGUGUGCUCUCUGGGCUGGAGGUUGUGCAUACGAUUGAAAAUGUCAAAACGAACAAACUGGAUAAACCAUAUGAAGAUAUCAAAAUUAUCAACGUGGAUGUAGAGUAA